UCAGGAGGACUUAUAUGAGAGGGGAGUGACUCGUUAUCCAUCUUUGGAGGCCGGGCCUCACAGCAUGGCGGUCAUCACAUCUGACCAAUGGCAGGCCAUGCUGGAUGCAGCAGACGAGAGCCAGAAACCGUUCUUUCAAAAGUUGUAUGAUGAUGCCGUGCAGAGGGAAAGGGAGGCGGAGGCAGCAGCUAGAGCUGAGAGUAUAGCUGCUCAGGAGGCCCUCCUACAGGUCCCGGAAGCCAAUGCUGACCGGUUCCAGGAGAGGCUAGCUGCUGCCGUCGCAGCCUUGGUCCGACUACGGAACUUGGAAGAUCUCGAGUCCCGUAUGACAGCACUUGAGCAGCGGAACCAAGAGCAGCGGAACCCCCCGCCCUCCUAACCCUCGGUCUGCUGUAGUCCCGGUCUCUCAAUCAAACAUAGCCCUCAUA